GAUUUCACCCCUGCUCUUCAAGUUCUCCUGACGGUUAGCGGAGCAAGCAGCCUCCCGGGCAAUGGGAUUGAUUUUUAGGGCAGCAUUUCAAGGCUUCCCCUCUGGUGGUUCGCAGGCGAAAGACGCCCUCACUGAAACUGCCACAGCUUGAGAGGCCUGAAAUUGACAUAAUCAUGUGUUACCGACAGACCCUCUAAGACUAUAUACGGUAACACGAAGCUGGGCCCUGGAAGCAUUUCACGUCAUCUGGAAGGGAACUAAGCUCAGGAGCAUUUCCCGAGAAGCCGAUUGCUAUGGUAACUCAUGCCCAGGCAUGGGACAGCACCAGGGAGAGACGCAUCAGUUACCUUGCCCGGCCAAAAGUCAAUCACCAGAUCAUCUGCAACAGGAUCUCCGUAUACUGGACGGACAAAUUGCCUUCGAAGACUCACAGGUUCACAGUCCCGGCCUUAACGCCACGACAGGCAGAACUUUCUCGAUCCAAAAAGAUCUACCAAGGAUCUGAAGAAAACAGGUCCUUCCCAAUAUGGCCAGUGAGUGCUGCCUCCAAACAUGCUGUGGCUUCCCCCAGGGUGAAGGAGCUGGCGCAGCCGAAACUCAUCAACAGUGCCUGGGAAGCUGAUCGUCCUGUCUACACCAGAGUGAGCAAAGGAGCCAGGACUGCUGCUGCCCGGGAACGAACUACCCAUCUGGCUAAACCAAAGAAACGGGACUUCUCAGCCAAGCUGGACGCCCCAUCCGCGCCUCCACGAAGCGUCACACAAUUCACCAGGACUGAAUACUUAGCCCGGCCGAAAACAGAACAUCCGUCCUAUCUCCAUGACAAACCAGUCCGGUGGGCCGUGUCUGCGGGCACCAGGAAUGCCGUCCUGUCCGCGAGGCUCUCUGAGCUCGCCCGACCCAAGGUCCGCAAACAGAUCUUUGAGGGCUACAACCCGUACCGGAUCUCCAGUGCUGCCCUGCACGCAGAGGCGAGUGCCCGUCUGCGGGAACUUAGUAUCCCUCAAAGAGUAAGAAAAAAGAGGUUGUAAGUUCUUGGGCUCUCCUGCACUUGGCUUGCACAUUAAACAUUGUGCAGCACAGCUCGGCA